AUGCAUGACGACAUAAUCUAUCAUUUGGAAAGUCCUGAACAAUUUUGGAUUGAAUUAGAUGACAUUUUGGCCCAAGGUCAACAAAAUCAAGACAUUGCAAAAAGGUCGAUAGAUACAUACAUCAAUUUUGUCUUAAAAUUUCAAGAUGAAUAUUUGGAAACAGACUCGCAAUUAACGCAAUGUUUCUAUAAUCUUUUGAAUUCAUCAAUGUAUCAGACAUUUUCUGACAUAAUAAUUGAACAUAUGAUGUUUCGAGCAACAAUAUGCAAUGAAUUGAAAGAAUUAUGGGUUAUCUAUAAUAUUUUAUACCUCUCGGGCAAAAAUAAUCCUAUGAUAUUUAAAUUAAUGAUUAGUUCUCAAGGGCAUGACUUUAUUUUGAAGCUGAAGGAGCAUAUUUGUAAUUUAGACGAAGGGCAUAGGGUGCAACAAAUUGCAGUGAAUCUAUUAUUUGAAAUUUGUCGCGGUCAGCGUAUAUCACAAAAUGAACUAAGUGUUUUUGAUGAUCAAUUUUUUGACUACCUCCUUAACUUGGUGGAGAAUACAAGAGAUGAAGAAGAUGAGACUUUUAAUUAUUCUGUUAUCCAUUUAAUGUUGUCGUUAAAUGAACAAUUUAUGCUAGCUGUUCACGGAAUGAUCAAUGAUGAAGAUAAUGAUUUAAAUCAUAAUACUCUGAUAAGAGUGUUGUUUGCACGUAUCGGAACUAGUAAAACUUUUGGAGAAAAUAUAAUAUUCAUGUUUAAUCGUGCAGAAACAACUGAAUAUUUUUAUACAAAUGACUUACGUGUGGUGAUUGAUGUUUUCAUUCGAGAACUUUACGAUUUACCAGAGGAGAGUGAAGCGCUUCGACAUACGUAUCUUCGAGUACUAUAUCCACUUAUUACCAAUACACAAUUAUGUCGGCACCCUUAUAAACAACGUCAGAUUUAUAAUUUGCUUUCAGAUUUAAGUGGUGCUUCUACUGAACAUUUUAAACCAGUACCACAAACGACACAAAGAUUAGUGGAGACAUGCUUGAUGUCAGAAUAUUUUGAGGGAAUUGCUCCUAAUAAAUGUAUUAAUGGAAUGAACAUAAUGCCAACUCUAAAUUCGAUGAUGUUUGAAACUAAUGGGUCUACGGUUACAUCAAACGGAAAUGAUGUUCCUGCUCAAGGAAUGUUACUUCAUGGGGUGUAA